AUGGCGGGCAGAACAUCAAAACGCAAGGCCGUCGUCGUCUCCUCCUCCGACGAGGACGGCCCCUCGCAGCAGCAGUCGCCACCGACCCAGAAACGCCGUACCACCAGGCGUCGCGGCAACAGCAGCUCCCGUGAGCCGUCCGAGUCUGACGACGAAGCGCCCCGCCGCCCCACCACAAACGGAAACCGCAAGGGCAAGCAACGUGCGGUGCAGCCAGAAAGCGAAGACGAGGAAGACGAGGACAGCGAGCGUGAGAGCAGGAGCGAGAGCGACAGCGAGGACGAGGCUGCCGAGCCCGCGGAGCGUUACCGCCCCGACUUGGAGCGUGGUGACGACGGUUACGUUGCCGGCUCGAUUACACGCAUCAAGCUCGUCAACUUUAUGACCUACGACCAUGUCGAGUUCUGCCCCGGUCCGCACCUGAACAUGAUCCUUGGCCCCAACGGUACCGGCAAGAGCAGUAUCGCCGCUGCCAUUGCCAUUGGUCUGGGAUUUCCGCCCAAGGUCAUGGGACGCGCCCACGAUCUCAAGUCAUACGUCAAACAGGGCGCCAUGAAGACUGUGACAGAGGUCGAGCUCAAGGCCAAGCGCGGCAAGGCCAACCCCGUCAUCAGGCGCGAGUUUGGUCGCGAUGACGACAAGUCAAAGUGGUUCCUCAACGGCAAGGAGUCUACCAAGAAGGCCGUCGACAAUGCCGUCGCUCGCUUUGGCGUGCAGGCAAACAACCUUUGCUCCUUCCUUCCCCAGGACAAGGUCGCCGACUUUGCAAAGAUGAACCCUGUCGACGUCCUGCGCGAGACCAUGCGCGCCGCUGGCGACAGCCGCCUGAGUGCUUGGCAUUCCAGUCUUGUGGAGCUGGGCAAGGAGACCAAGACGGUCGACGCUUCUCUUGCCGCCGAGCUUGGCCGUGAAACGCACAUGCAGCAACAGGUCGACGAACUCGAGCCCGAUGUCCGCAACUAUCACGCUCGUCAGGACCUUGAGCAGCAGAGGACCAUUCUCCAGUGUCUUCUCAUUGGUACCAAGGUCGCGGCUUCCAAGAAGAAGCGUUCGGCGGCGACAAAGGAUCGAAAGCAACUCGCAAAGCAGUACAGGCGUCUCAUGGCAAAGCGCCAGCCGCUCGAGGAGCUGCGCGAUUACCAAAAAGAGAAGCGGAUGCAGGCCGACAGCAAGUUGGUAGGCCGUGAAGACAUUCUCCGAGACGCCACAAAAGAGUUGAAUCAGGCUGUCAAGGCGAUCAACAACGCCGACAAUGAUGGGCGUAGUCUUCAGGAGAAGCUUCGCUCAAUCUCCAAAAAGGUCAAGGACUGGCAGCGAAAGAUGAAGGAGCAAGACGACAUCAUCGCAACACAAACCAUCAUUCUCGACGGGCCCCAGGCCAAUGUGCAGCCACUCAUUGAGGCCAAGGCUCAGGAGAAGAAGGAGGCCACUGUGCAAGUGCGCAAGCUUCAGGCCGACCAUGAGAAGCUCAGGUCGGAGCUGGAGACCUUGCAGCGUGAACGCACGACCAUCCACAACGAGAUCGAGAGGCGUACGCGCAGGUUGAAUGAGCUGUCCAAUGUCGACACCCAGAAGAAGCAGGCCGCGGCCAGGUGGGAAGCGACUAUUGGCUGGGUCGUCGACUGGAUCGAGAAAGCCCCCCCAGGGACAUUCGACGCCCAAGUCUGUUAUCCACCCAUCAUCUCCGUCAACGUCCCCGACAAGCAGUAUGCGUGGAUGGUUGAAAUGUGCACCAAUACAUUCAUUUGCCAGAAUGAAAGGGACUACCUGACCCUCACGGGUCUGAACGGCACCACGUUCAAAGAUGCGAAUGGCAGGGAACACAUGGUCAGGAUGCACGUUGCCCAAGUCAACGUCACAGACGAGACCUGUAACCCCGAGCGCCCAUGCAGCCCUGAGACUCUUGGCCAACUGGGCUUUGACGGCUUCGCUAUUGACUAUGUCGAGGCAGACCCACCUGUGAUUGCGUACCUGUGCGAAUAUGCCAGGCUGCACCAAGCCGCUGUGACCCAGCAGCCCGGUAACGUUAUCAGCACCGACGACGUUCUUCGCUCCAACAUCAGUUCAUGGAUCACCAAGACCGACUCGAACCGCGCGUCUCGUUCGCAAUAUGGUCGCCGUGACUGGACGACCACGUCGAGCGCUCCUGUCGCAGCGAGGGCGUUUAAUCUUUCGGUGGACAGGGCCGCUGUCAAUCAGAUUGCCGAAGAAUCGGCCGACCUCAAGCGCAGGCUCAACAACAUGGAGCAGCCAAUGAGCAAGGCCAAGAGCGAUCUUGAGCAAGUUGGCCCCAAGGUGGCCGAGGCGCAGCACGAGCUCAAACGCAUCGACUCCGACCUCCAGGACCUCCGGAAGGAGGCGCAAAAGUGCGACACUGCUCAUUUGAAGAUCGAAUCUGCCAAGAAGCGCCUGGAAGAGCUUCGCAACAAGGGCUCGCCCGAGGCGGAGCGGCCUCGUCUUCAGCAGCAGCUGAUCAAGCAUGUCAAGGCUCGUGUCGAGGGACUGAACCGCUACACUGAAUCAGCUACCGAGUCCGUCCAGGAGGUUGGCAAUGUGGCCAGGGCCAAGUUGGCUUCGGCUCAAUAUCGCCUGAACCUGCAUACGAUCAAGGAAGUGGUCGAACUGGGUCACGACAAGAUUGAGCAGCUAGAGAAAGAGAUCCAAGAGCUUUCCACCAUCAUCACGGCUGCCAGUGAGAAAGCCAAGAAACAGGAGGUAGAGCUGCACGAGCUGCUGGGUGAAAACUUCGAGUUUGAUGUACUCGAAGACCUGCCUCGGCCACUCUAUAACCGACUCCAAAACAUUGACAAAGAAUCCAUGGACGAAAUCAUGGGCGAGUUGGCCGACAACGAGGCCCAGCUCGACCUCUCAGUUGGUGUCAGUGCCAACACCAUCGACAGGUUCCAGCGUCUCAGCAAAGAGCUUGCAGAGAAGAAGCAGCAGGUCGAGAAGCUGCGUAAAGACUAUGAGACAAUGUCCCGCGGCAUCGCCGACAUCCGCAAGACGUUUGACCCGGCUCUCGACUCGCUUGUGGACGAGACCAGCACCAAGUUUUCGAAUGCGUUCACCAAGAUUGGCUGCACGGGCGAGGUACGCGUCAAGCGCGUCGAGGGCGACUAUGAGGCGUGGGGCAUCCAGAUCCUCGUCAGCUACCGCGACAAUGUGGCACCCGAGGUCCUCACCGUGUCUCGCCAGUCUGGUGGCGAACGCUCCCUCGCGACUGUCACCUACCUCAUGAGUCUGUCCGAGAUGGCCCGCACCCCAUUCUCACUCGUCGACGAGAUCAACCAGGGCAUGGACGCGCGCGCCGAGCGCAACGUGCACAACCAAAUGGUCGAGGUCACGUGUAACGAUACCGUGGGCCAAUACUUCCUCAUCACGCCCAAGCUCCUCACGGGUCUCAAGUACCACCCCAAGAUGAAGGUCCUCAUCGUCAACAACGGUACAUGGAUCCCAGAGGCCGAGGACAAGACCAAGCGUUUCGGCUCGCUGAGGGCGUGCUUGAACAAGUACCGCGACAACCACCCCGAAAUCGCCGCCUAA